UAGUGUGAACAUAACAGAAUAUGAAGCACGUUCUAUAUAUAUUUUUCAAUCUACUUACUUUCAAGAUAAUCUUCUAAAUAUAACAUUUUCAAUUUCAAUAUUAACCAGAAAUAUGAUUCGGCGCCCACCAAUAAGUAUCGAAUUAAAAAUUGACGAUCUACAAGAGUAUGAAAAUUAUUGUCGAGAAACAACAACGGCAAAAAUUCAAGCUAAAAUGACUCAAGCGCCAGCUAGACAACCUCAAAAUGAAGUACCAUCGUUUCCGGUUGCAAAAACUAAACAAGAAAUUCAAGAACGUAUUGGAUAUGUACCCAAAAAUAAUGGAUCUUAGUUUUAAUUGAACUUUCAAUAAAAUAUUAAAAAAUUAA